UGGAAAAAAUGGUUGAAGAUGUUGUCCUUCAAGACAAAAUCAAUGAUGAGCUUGUGGCAUAUCGAAAGGAACAGGGGACAUUUGGAAGAGAAAUUGCCAAAAGGCAGCGGAGAAACAAAAGCUUUGAUCCAGCUCAAUGGUGGUCCAGUCAUGGGUCAGAUUCACCAAAUCUCAGAGUAUUGGCGAUGCGGAUUUUGAGUUUGACAUGCAGCUCCUCCGCUUGUGAGAGGAAUUUUAGUGUUUUUCAGCAGAUUCACACAAAGAAACGCAACAGGCUGCUUCAUAAUAAAAUGAGAGACCUUGUUUUUAUCAAGUUCAACUCCAAACUCAAACAAAAGAGAAAGAUGAAAAACAGGGACCCGAUUGUGGACCACACAUUUGUAGAUGUUGUAGAAGAUGAAGAUAAUGAGUGGAUCACAGGUAUUGUGCCUCAUGAACCUGAUGAAGUUGUAGAAGUUGCAGCAUCAACAUCACAAGGAGCAGUUGGUGCAUCAAAAAGAAAGAGAGCGUCCCAAUCUCGCCCUCGGAAGAAGAAAAAACUGCUCCCUGUUUUUCGUGAAGAUGAGUUGGAGUCAGCUAGUUCUUCUUCUGAAUCGGAAGAUGAUGCCAUGCAUUCACCAUCUGGUUCAUCAAAUGAGAGUGAUUCUGAAUAAUUUCCAAGUUGUCGUUGUAUUGUAUUGUUUACUUGUUGGCUUGUUGCCUUGUUGGCUAGUUCAUCUUUAAACUGAUAUGUUGUACUA